AACGAAAGAAGGGCACUCGGAGUAAAUAAAAUAAAGUAGCUAUAUAAAGGGUUGAGAUUCGUCUUCUCCGCUAGAAAACCCUACAACUCGGCCGCAGCUGCUCUUCGUCUACAGGUAGGAUUGUUUCCCGCAGAGCUUGGAGCAAUGGCCCCUGCUAAAGUUGACGGCAAGAAGAAGGAUCCCAAGGCCCAGGCCUUGAAGACUGCCAAGGCUGUGAAAUCAGGCCCUGCUUUCAAGAAGAAGGCCAAGAAGAUCAGGACAUCGGUCACAUUCCACAGGCCAAGGACAUUGAAGCAGGAAAGGAACCCCAAGUAUCCCCGCAUCAGUGCAACACCAAGAAACAAGUUGGACCACUAUCAAAUUCUCAAGUAUCCAUUGACCACCGAGUCUGCAAUGAAAAAGAUUGAGGACAACAACACACUCGUCUUCAUUGUUGACAUCCGAGCUGAUAAGAAGAAGAUCAAGGAUGCAGUGAAGAAGAUGUACGACAUUCAGACCAAGAAAGUGAACACCUUGAUCAGGCCUGAUGGAACGAAGAAGGCUUACGUCAGGUUGACACCGGACUACGAUGCCUUGGAUGUUGCCAACAAGAUCGGAAUCAUUUAAGUUAAUGUUGUAUCGUCUUUUAUCCGGUUUCAAGAGAUUCCAUUGUUGCUAUGACAGUUUUGUUACUAGUUGCACUGUAUCAGUACUCCUGCAUUAGUUUGGUUUUCUUUAAUUUGUAUUGGGAGCUAUAUUUGCUUUUUAUGGCAAUGCGAUGCGUUUAAAACUUA